AUGCGCAAAUCCAUCUUCGGCACCGUCAAGGAUAGGCUGAGCCGCAAACCACCCUCUUCCUCUCAAAAGCCCACUAAGCCCGAAACCAUGUCCGCCAGCAACAACCCCUUCACCCGAGAGCGGUUAGCUGCCGACAAUCCCAAUCAGCCUCCCCCGGCUUAUUCGGUCUCAGCCCCCGCGACGUCGGGACCCGACUUGCUGGUACCCAAUGGCGGUCCGGUUAGGAGUGCGUCGCCUGCGCCAUCCCACGCAAGCUCUGUCAUGUCCAUUUCGGGUAUCAGUGUCUCGACUCCCGAGGACCCCUAUGCCUUUCUGUCUUCCUUCGAUACCAUCUUCGUGAUCGACGAUUCGGGCUCCAUGUCCGGCCGCUCGUGGCCCGAGGUCCAGGGUGUUCUCCGUGCCAUAACUCCCAUCUGCACCAGCCACGACGCCGAUGGUGUCGAUCUAUACUUCCUCAACCACCAGAGCAGCGGAAGAGCCACAGAGGGCAAGGCCUCUGGCGGCUACUACGGCAUCAAGCGCAGCGAAACGGUCGAGGAUAUCUUCACAUCAGUUCGUCCUCGUGGGGCUACUCCUACCGGUCAGCGCCUGCAUGCGAUCCUCAAGCCCUACCUGCAACUGCUGGAUAAGAAGAAGCACGAUAUCGAGAGCGUCAAGCCUGUCAACAUCAUUGUCGUCACAGAUGGUGCCCCUUCUGACGACGUCGAGUCCACCAUCAUCACCGCCGCCAAGAAGCUCGACAAGCUCGACGCCCCCCUCCAUCAGAUUGGUAUCCAAUUCUUCCAGGUCGGCAACGAGCCCGGUGCCCGCGAGGCUCUGCGCGAGCUUGACGAUGAUCUUGGUGAUGGAGAUCUUCGGGAUAUGGUCGAUACUGUCACCUGGAAGAACAGUGUCAAGGGUGUGCUCACCGCAGAUAGCAUCCUCAAAGUCGUCCUUGGUGCGGUGGUCAAACGUCUUGACCGUCGCCGGAGUGGCGAGGGUCGUCGCUGA